AUGAAUUCUGUACGAUCGCCUCAGUCUCCCACACAAGUUCAAGUCCCAAUGCAAAUGCAAAUACCAAUGCCAAUGCAGCGCCACCAACACCCGCUGCAACAGCCACAAGCACCACAACAGCAGGUGCAGCUGCUGCUGCAGCUACCACAGCCACACCUCCCAGGUAUAAACUCUCUACCAUCUAUAUCUGGUCACCAUUUUACAACUCAUCGUCCUUUUGACAGUCUGCAGCUGCCUCCAAUACAUCUACACCCACACCCACACUCACACUCACAGCGAUCUCAACUGAAUUCAAAUUUACCUCCUCCUCCACCUAUAGUGUCAUCACAACAACACUACCCAUUACCUUCGUUGAGAGCUCCACCUCCACCACUCACGAGCAAUCUCAACAACAGCCAUAACAGCAUCAACAAUUUCCACAACAACAACACUGGCAACACUGGCAAUCCCAGCAAUGCCAACAAUAUUAGCAAUGGCAAUGUUGCUGCUGCCAGUGUUUUGUCCUCGUUCCCACAAUUGACUCCCACUGUAACCAAUGCCACACAUUCAACAGUAUCCACCAUUUCAACCCUUUCCUCAUCAUCUUCAACCGAAUCAGCAGUGUCGUCUUCUUCGUCAAAUAAUACCAACGGUUCCAAACCGAAAAGUAAACGGUCGAGUAAAGGUAGAGUGUUUCAAUGCACUGGAUAUCCUGGUUGUAACAUGUCAUUCACUCGAAGUGAACACUUGGCAAGACACAAGAGAAAACAUACUGGAGAACGUCCAUUCACUUGUCCUUAUUGUUCUAAAAACUUCAGUAGGUUGGAUAAUCUACGUCAACAUAAGCAAACUGUACAUGCUUAUGAGACUUAUUUGACUAAGGACAAGAAUGAUAGCAAGUUGUUGAUUGAGAGAUCGAAGAUGAAGAAAAAGUUGAAACAGGGUGAACAAAAGAAGCAACUGGAAGCAAACAUGCAGCAACAUCUGCAUCUGCAACAUCUGCAUCUGCAGCAGCAGCAGCAGCAGUACCUCCAGCAGCAACAGCAACAGCAACAACAAGGAAACCCUCAAUAUACGUAUGGUCGAAACUUGCAACACCUACCAGCUCCACAAAACACACUUCCUACGUUUGCCCAGUCUCAAUAUGGAAAUCGGGUAUAUAUGUCUGGUACUCAUCCACAUCCUAUUCAAAGCCAGCAGCAAUCGCCACCACCACAACCUCUACUGAAGGGUGGAUUCUCCAACGGACAGUACCUGAUUGCAAUGCAACCACCAAUGUCGCAACUGCAGUCCCCACUACCACAACCGUCGUCACUUGCCCAAAAACAACAUCAGUCACUUGAUGGUCAACCUCUGAUGUCGCAAGCUACUUACCAAAAACCAUUGCCUCCAUUACCUCCUCAGGCUGACGACCAGUCGCAAAACAUUCAACAAACAACAUUGCUACCUAUACAAAAGGAAGCACAUGUGCAGCAACAACAGCAGCAACAACAGCAGCAGCAACAGCAAAUAUCUCCUCCUCAAGGUUCCACCCCCACUUCCACAACCACCUCUUCUUCUUCUACUUCUCAUGGUGAUUUAAAACUACCUACACAUACGUUCAAGCCGAAAAAGAGGCCUCAACCGUUAUCACUACAUCAUUCAGCUUACAAUAGCGAUGAAGACUUAGCUGACCCAAUGGAAGAGGAUGAUGAUGAUGAUGAUGAUGACGUACCUAGACUGGCGCAAGCACCACCGGUUCCUGGAUCUGUCAUGAGUGAGUCGCAUCCUAGGUCUAUUCACAAUUCUAUUAGCGGAUUAAAGAAUAUUGGUGCCAGUUUCCCGCAACCUCCUAAAUCGGCGUCACUGGCAGUACCACCAACACCAAGUUUGGUGAGUCCUUUAUCGCCAAUGUUUCAUAUGGCAUUUGGCACGAGUAGCAAUAGCCGGACUCCAUUUCAACAUCAACAGCAACAGCAACAGCAACAGCAACAGCAACAGCAACAGCAACAGCAACAGCAACAGCAACAGCAACAGCAACAGCAACAUCAGCAGCAACAGCAACAGCAACAGCAACAUCAGGCUGGUUUGGCUAGACCAUCAUCUUUAAUUGCAAAUUCAAAUACGAGCAUCAACAUCGGUAAUAACGGACCAAUGAAGUCCCCCUUUUCGCAAAAUUUUCACCUGACUUCAACACCAACCACACAAACGCAUGAGCAAGGUAGACAAUCCCAACAACCUCACGAUGGGGAUGGGAACCACCAGUUUCCUAGUUUACCACCCCUAAAGAACUUGACAAUACCUGUAAACGUUCACGACAGUGAUGUGGAUAUCAGCGCCAGAGUUGGUGGAGAACAACUGCGUGAAAAUAGUCGAGAGGUCAAUGGUUACAGCGUUGGAAGCGUGGGCAGUCUAAUACACAAUGAUGAUAGUAGUGCCACCAACGCUGCAAACACAAGCAGCAUGGAUGCCAGCUCUACUGUUGCCACUUCAACUACAGCUAAUAAUCACCAUACUGGUGCUAGCACUACUAUGAAUACGACGACAGGUGAUGCUGGAUCAUUUUCUGCUACAGGCAAGAGUAACUGGUUGAAGGGAGUAUUGAAUAGCGAGGAGAAGAGACAGUAA